AUGGUUCUGAUCAAUAUAGCCAUCAAGUCACUCGUAUCAGAAGCAUCUGCGGAGAUAUUCGCGUGGGAGUCACAAGCCGCAACUAGUAAAUCACUGGCUGACGCUGUGAAUGAAUACACAAAAAGAUACACGCUCCCACCGCCACCAAACUUCGACAAAUGGUACCAAUUUGCAAAGGAACAUAACUCUAUCGUUGUGGACGACUUCGACCAGAUCAACAAGGACUUACUUCCUUUCUGGGGGAUGGAGCCUGCACAAAUACGCGAUUUGACUAUAAAGCUCUUCAACUACGGAAGCUCGGAAAUGGGCGGCAUGCGUAUCAGGAAUGGUUCGGUAGAGCAGUCGCCAUAUAUUCCAGGAUCGCACCGUUGGAUGACCGACUCCUUUCAAAGGAUGAUUGAGCCUUUUUCCAAGUGGUUACCAGACGUGGAUAUAGCCAUCAAUCUGGCCGACGAGUGCCGUAUGGUCGUGCCAUUUGGCCAUUUGGAAGCUCUCAAAUACUUCGCACAGGAGAAGAUAAGAGGAGUUUCCAACCAAAUGGAACAGAACGACUGGCCGAGCAGCAUGUUUUCGCAAUUUCCAUGGCCUAAAGACUUCCCCGAGCCUCUACCUCGGGCCACUGAAGGCAGAAAAGAUGCCAUUGAUCCUCUUUUUACAAAUUAUAUCCGGAGGCCAAUGUUUUACGAUUUUGUUGCUGCUUCUUGUCCACGAAGAUCGGCACCACAUUCGCUGCUUACGACCAGCGGUGCGAUAUUAGCAGAUGUAUCACUUGCUCAUGAUCUUUGCCAUCAGCCAGACGUCGCAUACUUGGAUGGAUUUCUCAAUUCGCCAUCCGCACUGGUGGGCACAAAUUUACUCUUCCCCAUCUUCAGCCAGGCACGCGUCGGCGGCUUUUCAGAUAUUUUAAUACCGUCGCCGUGGCAUUUCGAUGACAAGAGCGCUUUCAAGGAGGACAGUGGGGUGGCGUGGGAAGCUAAAGAGAACGCUUUAUUCUGGCGCGGAUCGCGAUCAGAUGGAUUCUCCGCCCAUGGACGAUGGCCUGGAUUUCUACGGCCGCGAUUCGUGCAUGAAGCUUAUGAGAAGACUGUGGCUUUACAAUUAUCCGGCAUUGAGACUCCUGUUCACAUCAAUGUCUCCUUUACUGGGGAUAUAUCCAAAUGUGAUGGAAGGGAUUGCACUGAAGCAAAUCAACUCCCCCCUGGCGUUCCAUUUGAAGAGCACUGGAAAUUUAAGCACUUGAUGGACCUGGAUGGCGCAGGAUUUAGCGGUCGCUUUCUGCCUUUUCUAGAGAGCCGCAGUUUGCCUUAUCGCGCGGCGUUCUUUCGUACUUGGUAUGAUGAGAGAAUCCAAGCCUGGCACCACUACGUUCCAGUGGACAUUCGACUUGGAUCGGGUUUUUGGUCCAUUUUAGAGUUCUUCAGUGGGGGUGCUAAUGAUAAAGAUGGCGAGGGACCUGAGAUGGCCAAGAAGAUUGCAGAGCAGGGGAGAGAGUGGACGCAGAAAGCGCUGAGAAAAGAGGACAUGCAAAUCUAUAUGUUCCGCCUAUUGUUGGAGUGGGGAAGAAUUACACACGACGAAAGAGAUCGAUUAGGAUUUUCCAUUGCUAGAGAAGGAUAG